AUGUUUGUGUAUUUCCAGAAAACUCUUCCAAGUCCUUGUGGAUUCCAACAAGGAACAUUAAACUUCAACAUGGAUCUGAGAGAGGAACUGACCAGACUAAUGAGGACCUUGCAGCUGAAGCCUCACCCUGUACCUGUAGCUGUAGACAGACAACUACUCCAGCCCCAAAUAGCAGUAGCCCCAAGCAACACGCUGAAGAUAAGGAAUGGGAGGAGAAUGAGACAGAGGACAAACAAUCCAGAGAUGACCUGGGGGAUGGUAAAGAACCUUGCCACACUAGCAGUCAUCAGUUGUGCCACGGUGCAGGUUGCCCUGGACAAAGCCAGAGAAGGUCGGACCAGCAUUGUCAUUGCCCACCGUUUGUCAACCAUCCAGAACUCGAAUAUCAUUGCUGUCAUGUCACAGGGAACAGUGAUUGAGAAGGGGACCCAUAAAGAACUGAUGGCUCAGAAAGGAGCCUACUAUAAACUAGUUCCUUAG